GGAACAAACAGGGCAGUAGAAAAUGACAAAAUGCAGCCAACUAACCAACUUGCAAAAAGGACAGAACGGCAUGUAGACUCUUCAAAGUCAUUAAUUACCCUUUUCAUUCCUUAACCUACUCCAUUAACGGCUGCUAAUCAGACAAUUCAAAUACUUUUCUUUCACAGGUAGAGUUAAUGGCGAAUUCUGAGUCCGAGCUCAAUGACAACAUACAUAGAGACUUUUAUAUUCCUACCUACAUACUUGCACCGGAUGCUCCGAAUAAGAGUAGGCAUAUAGGUUUACCUGAUAAUGUACCUACAUGCCCUGUGCUAGUGUUUAUUAAUUCUAAAAGCGGAGGUCAACUUGGAGGAGAACUUCUUCGUACAUUUCGCCAUCUUCUUAACAAAUAUCAGGUUUUUGAUUUGGGAGAAGAAGCUCCUGAUAGUGUUUUACGUAGAGUGUACUUGAAUAUAGAAAAGCUGAAGAGUGGUGGUGAUCAAUUUGCUGCCAAAACUGAAGAGAGAAUGAGAAUAAUUGUUGCAGGUGGAGAUGGCACAGCUGGCUGGCUUCUUGGAGUUGUAUCUGAUCUCAAACUAUCUCAGCCUCCACCAAUUGCUACAGUGCCUUUGGGAACUGGAAAUAACCUUCCAUUUGCUUUUGGCUGGGGAAAGAAGAACCCAGGAACCGACCUUAACUCCGUCAUCUCAUUUUUGAAGCAAGUAAUGAAUGCAAAAGAAAUGAAGAUGGACAGUUGGCACAUUCUUAUGAGGAUGAGAGCACCAAAAGGUGGUUCUUGUGAUCCUAUUGCACCGCUUGAAUUGCCUCAUUCUUUGCAUGCAUUUCACCGGGUUUCUCCAUCUGAUGAACUGAAUGUGGAAGGUUUCCAUACAUUCCGUGGAGGUUUCUGGAAUUACUUCAGCAUGGGGAUGGAUGCACAAGUAUCUUAUGCAUUUCACUCAGAGCGAAAAAUGAACCCAGAGAAAUUCAAAAACCAACUUGUCAAUCAGAGUGCAUAUUUAAAGCUAGGAUGUACACAAGGAUGGUUUUUUGCCCCUCUCGUUCAUCGUUCUUCGAGGAACAUAGCUCAACUGACUAAGGUUAAGAUAAUGAGAAAGCAGGGUGAAUGGCAAGACCUUCACAUCCCUCACAGUGUCAGGUCAAUCGUAUGCCUCAACUUGCCUAGCUUUUCCGGUGGACUAAAUCCUUGGGGAACACCGAAUAGCAACAAACGCCGAUAUAGGGACUUGACUCCUCCAUUUGUAGACGAUGGCCUUCUUGAGGUUGUUGGAUUCAGAGAUGCUUGGCACGGAUUAGUCCUUCUUGCUCCAAAAGGACAUGGGACUCGUCUUGCCCAGGCACAUAGAAUCCGAUUUGAGUUUCACAAGGGUGCAGCUGACCAUACAUUUAUGAGGAUAGAUGGGGAACCCUGGAAGCAACCCCUACCUGAAGAUGAUGACACCGUUGUGGUAGAAAUUUCUCAUCUUGGCCAGGUUAAGAUGCUUGCUACUCAUGACUGCAGAGCCAAAAGUAUACACGAUCCCUCAAGUCAUUUCAAUCAUGAAGCUGACGAUGAUGAUAGUGAUGACGAAAACUCGGUCGAUGAAGGAAGGAGGAAAUUUGGGGCAGCAGACACUUUCAAAAUUCCAGAUGAGGUCGAUGUUUCUCGUCUCAGUUAAUUUCAUAAUUCCUCUUUGUUUUCAGCUAGCUCUAUAUUCCAUUUGCUGUAUAGGAGACGAGGAUGUAUUCCUUUUGCUGUAUAGGAGAUGCGCCAUGUCGGAUUUUAAACGACAUUCAUAUUUUAGAGGUUUUGAUAGAAAAUUUCCUGACCAAUUUGUGGUGUAAAGGAGCAACUUUAACGACUUUAGUGUAUGAUUAAGGAGUCGCUCGAAAUGAUCCAUCUAGCCUUA